AUGGGAUCAGGACAAUCUAGACCGAGACCAACAGGAAGUAAUUUCACGGAUAUGUUUUUGAAUGUGUCUUCCACACAAAUCGAUGAUCUAAACUUAAUGCCAGUGGAUGAUAAAAUAAAUUUAAGACAUUGUUUAGUACGAGAGGUCAUGGAUGGAAAUUUUCAUGCACCUAUUAAUGAUUUAUUAGAUGAUAAUGAAGUAAGGAUUUUAGAAAUAGGUUCCGGUCUGGGAAUAUGGUGUUGUGAUAUGGCAUCAACAUAUAAAGCCCCAAGGUUCACCGGGAUUGAUAUGUUCCCCUUCGAUUUUCCGACCGCUAAAAAUUCAAAUGUUGAAUUGAAACAUCACAAUGUAUUAAAUGGUCUUCCAUAUGAUGAUCUUACUUUCGAUUAUGUGAGCAUUAGACUUAUGGCGAUUGAUGUACCAGAUGAUAAAUGGCCUGAACUGUUGAAUGAGUGUGUUAGAGUACUUAAGGUUAAUGGGUGGAUCGAAAUAAUAGAUACAGACGGUGAACCUAGUAGUGAUGGACCUUGGACCAGGAUUGUUAGCAGAGCCACUACCACACAUUAUCAGAAUCUUCGUUCAUUACCUAAUCUAUCCGAUAUAACACAUGAAUCCCGGAUAAUGAAAAUUGGGAAAUGGGGUGGGAAAAUUGGGGAAUUAAGCUCACAAUAUUUUCGAGAACUUUUUAAAGUAUUUUUAUUAUUAUUUGGUGGUCAAAUAAAAUUAAAUGGUGAAGGUAUUGAUGGAAAGAUUAAAGAUUUUGUAAGGAGAGGAAGAAAAAAGAGCAUUGAAGAAUUUUUAUCGAGGGUUGAAGCUGAAUGUGAGAUUUAUCAAACUUAUCUUGUUCAUCAUGUAUUUUAUGCUCAAAAAUUAUAUCAGUUGUAG